UGGUCUACGCUUAACCUCCCCGGUUUCCGUGACUUCAUCAAAAGUAUCAGUAGCGAGGGCGAUAGUGCAAACGUACAUCAGCCGGACCAGAAGGCAAGGAAGCAUCUCAUAGACUCCGGGUUUGCGGAUGGAGAGGACUCUGCUUUGCUCAAGCGGAAUUACGUAUCUGACACGACUGUAGUACCAACUAAAUCCAGUGCUAUUGAGGAUGCAAUAGGGACGGCCGAUGCGGCUGAAAACGAUGAGAAAAUUAAGCAAUUCAUGAAAGACGGAAAUCGAUUCUGCAUCGAUUUGAUGCCAAAGUUGCUGUUGUCCAGCAGUACGCUCGUCGAACUGCUGAUCCGAUCAAAGGUUGGCGAGUAUCUCGAAUUCCGCCCAUUGGAAGCAACGUGUGUGUACAGUGACGCCGCCAUACAACAGGUCCCCUGUUCACGGUCAGAUAUUUUCAAGACUAAGGCGGUGUCGCCCGUCGAAAAGCGAUUCUUGAUGCGAUUUCUGAAAAACUGUAUAGAUCAAGAGCAGUACGCGACGGUCAUUGCGAAUCAUUCAGAUGAUAAGGACAUCCCCUUUACGCAGUUCUUGGCAACGAACAAACUGUCAGAGCGCUUGCAAUCCUUCAUAUGCUACGCAAUUGCAAACGCGGAGGACAAAGCUACUCUGUCCACGACUGCUGGACUAGAGCGGACUUCGCUUUUCUUGAAGUCUUUGGGGAGGUUUGGAAAUUCACCCUAUCUCUACCCGAUUUAUGGUGUUGCUGAGUUAGCCCAGGCGUUUUGCAGAAAUUGCGCUGUAUUCGGUGGAGUGUACAUAUUGGAUAAAGUACCUAAGUCGGUAAACACAGCUAUCGACGAUGGUAUCGACGCGCCGUCGACUGAAGGUCACCCGAAGCUAGUCUCGAGUGUGACGUUCGAUGACGCAACGACCAAAUGUGGCGCUCUGAUUGUAGGACCCGCCUACCGCGAUGCACUAUGCCAGUCCACGAAUCUGCCUGAGUCCAGGUAA